UCCCCAACGGUCACCUCUACAACUCAAAUUGCGUCCCGUUCGUUAAAUUUCGCCUACAAGCAAUUCUCUUUUGCAGUACAUCUCUCUCUCGCCUCAGGGUAACCCAGUUGUGAUUUAAUGGAGAACGUGCUCACUAUGCCUCCCAAGAACCCAAUGCAACCAGAAAACACUGUAAUCGACAGCAAAACACCGCCCCAGAAUCCACAAAAUGACCAAAAUGAUCGAAACUCCGGCAAUGAGUUACGCAAACCUACAACCCCGGACCGCCUUAAAGUCCCCAAGGCAUUGAAAUACCCCGAAAGGUAUAGAAGCCCAACGGAUUCGAUGAUGUCCCCGGUUACAAAAGGCCUUCUUGCCAGAAGCAGAAAGGGUAGCGUGCUUUUACCACCUAGUUUAAAUCAGACCAAGAUUCAGGAUUUGCGUGCUCAGGAUGUGGGUCUUUUUGAAGGCUAAAAAGUAUUGAAGCAGUUGGGCAAAGCCCAAGAUCAGAUGGAUUUCUUGAUCCUAAUGGUUGUUUGACAAAUUGAAAUUGUUUCAUUAAAUUCAAGAAAAUCUGAUGGGAUUGCUUUCGAUUUCUGUAAGAUGGGUGUACUGUGAUUCUCUUAAGGCUUUCUAUGUAAUUCGAAUACAGUUUUUAAAUAAAGAAAUUGUUCAGUCCAAA